UUCUUUGAAAUAAUGAGCCAAAGACGUAGCGUGUUUAAGCGCGAACAUUGAAAAAUUGUGUGUUGUACUUUCGACUGGAAUACAAAGGGAAAAGGGUUAAAUCUGCUGUUUAUUGGAGAUUAUAAGUAUGUGACUAGCUUGGCACUGUUGGAUAAUGGUAUUGUGUGUACAGACUUUUCAAAUUAAUAAAAUGUGUUAAUGACAAAGCCGCUGCUACUACCGUUAUCAUCUGAUAAUUAGAGAGUCAUAAAAGGAGAAAGUGUUACAGGGGAGAGAUUUUAUUUGCCACUGUGUAUUGGUUAGUACCACGCAAAGUUUUUUGCUAAUGAACUGACAUAAAUUUCGAGCAAAUGGAGAAUCCGCGUUGAAGCUCAGCCCAGCCCACUAAUUUCAGCUACUAUAAACAUGAGUGCUAGUGCGAUAUUUUCCAAUAAGUCAUCAGAAAUAAAAGAUCAUCUGAAUUUUAAUUGUGUUUCCAAUACAGUACAGAAGACUUGUUCCCAUAUAAUUAGUCCAGUGUUAUCUGAAAUAUGUAAUACAUAACUAACUCGUGGCAUCUUCCAGAGAGAAAAGUACGUCAUUUUCAAACCCUAUUUUUGAAAGGUGAUAGGCGAGAUGCCAGUAACUGCCGACCAGCAGCGCUGUUGACAGUAUUUUCCGCAAUUUUUGAAAAAGUUUUGUGUCCUAGACUAGUAUCUCACUUAGCAACUGUAACACCACCAGGUAAUCACAGUUUGGCUUUCAGAAGAGUUGUUCAACCGAGAACGCCGUUCACAUGUUUUACAAGCGUUAAAUAAUAAAAUAGCGGCGUUCAGUACAUUCUGCAACCUAUCUAAAGCAUAUGACUGUGUGUAUAAGUGUUCCCCUUGAUAGUCUUGUGGGAUUUAUGGUAUAGUCAACAAUUAGAUUAUAUUCGGUUCUCGUUCCAUAGGCCCAAAAAAAGAUAGAUGAUUCUCAUGGGUGUGGAACAUGUCAGAUAGUAUGACAUUAAACGUUUGAAUGUAAUACUUACUACCCUGAUCAUUUCUCAGGAGAUUGUCAAAAUUGGUGAAUACAAUGCAGAAAACUGGAACUGCUAAUUUUUACAGGAUUAACACGCUGUCAGAAUAAACUUUGCCAUGCACUAUUAAUAAAUUUGUCAUAUGCAGUAUCUUGACUGUUAUGACCAAGUGCUGUCAAAACUAAAAUCUAACAGAUAUUCUUACUGAAGCUGGCUCUGUUAAGAUAUUCAUCUAUGGACUAGGAGUCGCCUAUCAAAAAGUUUUUCAAACUCUGUUUAAACCUAGCCUUAUCUGAAAUCAAGUUUUUAGAGGUUGCUGGCAAUUUUUUGAAAAUGUCUGUUCCUGAAUAUUGGACCCCUUUUUGGACCAAGGCUUUGCCUCUGGUGACAGUUGUGGUAGGAAGCAAGAACAAUACUGAUACCUGCCAUGUCUUUACAACUAACCAGCAAUGUGAUGCACCAAAAGAAACUGAUUUUCUUAUUCCGUCUAAGCAGUCUCUUCAGCCAGGGUCCCCUAAAUGGGCUAAUUAUGUUAAAGGAGUUGUUCAGAAUUUUAAAGGUGCAGUCCCAGGCUUUAAUGCUGUCAUUUCUUCAAGUGUUCCACUUGGCGGAGGUGUUUCAAGCAGUGCUGCUCUAGAGGUUGGAGUUUAUACAUUUCUGGAGGCGCUUACAGGAGAGAAAACAAACCUCCAAGACAAGGCGUUAGCAUGUCAGAAAGCUGAACAUACAUUUGCAAAUAUGCCUUGUGGCAUUAUGGACCAGUUUAUUUCAGUGAUGGCCAAAGAAGGCAGUGCCUUACUUAUUGAUUGCAGAUCAAUGGAAGCAACUAUAGUUCCUAUCAAUGAUCCAAAAAUUGUUAUUUUAAUAACAAACUCAAAUGUUCGGCAUGAGCUGACUGGUAGUGAGUAUCCAACUAGAAGGAAGCAGUGUGAAGAAGCUGCAAAACUGCUUGGAAAGAAAAGCCUGAGAGAUGCUAAAUUAAGUGAUAUUGAAGUGCUACAGCAGAAGAAGGUUGAUGAAGACAUUGUGCGUCGUGCCAGACAUGUCAUAGGUGAAAUUAAUAGAACUGAACAGGCAGCAGAAGCACUGAAGAACAAAGAUUUUACGUUAUUUGGAAAGUUGAUGUUGGAGAGCCAUGAGUCUUUAAGGUCAGACUACGAAGUCUCUUGUGCAGAAUUAGACCAGCUGGUGAAGGCAGCUACUGAGGUGAAAGGUGUGCUUGGCUCUCGCAUGACUGGUGGAGGGUUUGGAGGCUGCACAGUGACACUGGUGUAUAAAGAUGCUGUUAAUGAAGUCGUAAACAAUACAAAAAAGAAGUACAAAGGAAAAGCAACGUUUUAUGUAGUCACCCCAUCUGCAGGAGCUACAGUUGUGAGAGGAAAGUAAUAUCAGUGAAACCAUAUACUGCCAUGACAGCUGUAGAAUUGUUAUACUUGUGAGCACUUGUUUUGGGCUACACAGUGUUGCACAUUUAGUCAUACAGCAAAACUAUUUAGAAUUUGAAUAAUUGUAUGAAAACUAUUACUAGACUAAUUUUUAAUGUAAUUAGUACAACUGAUGAAGUCAUAUCUUGUGUGUUAAAUCUUAAGGUUGAAAAUAUGGGAUUAGAUGGUGUUUUACGAAAGGCACUAUGGUAUUGAUCAGUUAGAAGUGUUUCUCACAAGGAGUUUGCCAUUUUGCUUAUUAAACUAUUACAAAUAUUUCUCUUCACUCUGCAACAAAGUGUACAUUAUAGGCCAUCUUAAAGCAAAUUAUAUUAUUUUCCAGAUCAA